UACCUAGGCACUCCAACUAGCAUGUUUUUCCUGAACAACCUGGACACUAGUACCUGGUCUCCAAGAAGCUGUGAAGACAUAGCUUGAUGAAUUGCAUAGAGGGACUGCAUAAGGCUCAACAUGUAGCAGUGCCACAUAUUGGUGAGGCCAGGACCACCAUAAUUGUUCUUGUUCACACGGGGUCACGGGCUACCCGCCCUUCACAUCUAUCUCGAGUCAUCCGAGCUGAAUUGAAGCAACUACCAGCUAGAGCUUCUUCAGACCCCGGCAUGCUCCACGCUUUUUGAUUCACCCUAUUGUUUCCUUCGAAAGAAGAUUUUAUCCCAUGUCAACUUUGUAGCUGAUCUUGUUGCCCUCGAGCUCAUGAAGAGCAUCCUGCGGUCAAGCUCAUCUGAGCUCUUACUUUGUCUCUUAAUUUUGCUUGUUAUGCAAUUUCUUCUUUUCAUGAGCAAAUCUUAAGGUGAGAGGUUACUUAAUUUCUUUAGCUCCUCAGGAAAGGAAGAGCCCUUUUUUUGUUUAUUUUGGUGAUGUCUUCCCACCUUUUCUUCUCAAGGAGUGCCCAUUUUUGUGCUGUUGAGCCCCAAUUCGUAUUGAUGCAUGAUAUAUGCUCCUCUCUUACCUGAGAUUCGUACUCCCUGGAAUGUGGUUGUAGUUCAUCUUGUAAAUGCUUGAAUUUUCCUUGAAGAAUAGUUUUAAGUUGUUAGCUAGCCAAAGUAUCUACCUAACAUGCAUCAUCAGGAAAUUUCCUUUUGUUUCUUCCAGCACAUCUGAUAUUGAGCUGAAGGAUGGACUCUUAAGGAACACCCCAGUAAUCCUCCGGACUCAACAUGAAGCUCAUGCUCCAUAUUUUGGCCCUUUUCUGUUGUCUGUGUUCCUGUGCAUUCGGCAAGAAUAUUUCUGUGAGACCCAAUGUUGUGAAUAUUGGAGCUCUUUUCACAUUCAAUUCGACAAUUGGGAGGGUUGCCAAGGUUGCCAUUGCUGCUGCAGUCAAUGGCAUCAACAAUGAUUCAAGUAUUCUUCCGGGCACAAAGCUGGUUGUUCAGAUGCAAGAUACCAAUUGCAGUGGCUUCAUUGGCAUUGUUCAAGCCUUGCAAUUUAUGGAGAAAGAUACAGUUGCAAUCAUCGGACCACAAUCAUCCGUCAUUGCGCAUGUCAUUUCCCAUGUUGCAAAUGAACUCCAAACACCUUUGAUAUCCUUUGCUGCAACUGAUCCAACUCUCUCAUCGCUUCAGUAUCCUUUCUUUGUGCGUACCACCCACAGUGAUCAAUAUCAAAUGGCUUCGAUUGCUGACAUAGUUGAGUACUACGGGUGGAAGCUAGUGACAGCGGUAUUUAUUGAUGAUGAUUAUGGAAGAAAUGGCAUAUCCUCGUUAGGUGAUGAGCUUGCCAAGAGGAGAUUGAAGAUCUUGUAUAAAGCUGCAAUUAGGCCAGGAGCAAAAAGAAGUGAAAUGGCAGCUGUACUGGUCAGGGCUGCGAUGAUGGAGUCUCGGGUCUUCAUACUGCAUGCAAAUGCUGACUCUGGACUUGCUGUGUUCUCAUUAGCGCACAAUCUUGGCAUGACAUCCGGUGGAUAUGUUUGGAUUGCAACAGAUUGGCUCAGUUCAUUCCUCGAUUCAGCACUUCAUCCUGACAUUGGAUUACUGAGCACUAUGCAGGGUGUUCUGACAUUGCGUCAGCACACAGAAAAUACCAGAAGAAAGAACACGCUAGCUUCACAAUGGCGUGAACUGGUGAAGGGGGAUAGUGGUGGCAGCAGGUUCUUGCUUAAUUCCUAUGGUCUUUAUGCUUAUGAUACUGUCUGGAUGAUUGCUCAUGCGUUGGAUGCAUUUUUCAGCAGUGGCGGAAACAUUUCCUUCUCUCCUGACCCCAAACUGCAUGAAGUUGCAGGAGAAGCUUUUAAUUUGGAAGCAAUGAGCAUUUUUGAGGGGGGAAGGUUAUUAAUAGAACAAAUCCGCAAAGUAAGUUUCAUGGGUGCAACCGGUCCUGUAAAAUUUGAUUUAGAUGGCAAUCUUAUCCAGCCUGCAUAUGACAUAGUAAACAUAGUAGGGUCUGGUUUGCGGACUAUUGGUUAUUGGACCAACUAUUCUGGGCUGUCCACUGUGUCUCCUGAGACUCUCUACAAGAGACAUUUGAAUCACACUAGUGAAAAUCAGAAACUCUACACUGCAAUCUGGCCAGGUGAAACUAUAACUAGGCCCCGGGGAUGGGUAUUCCCUAACAAUGGAAAUGAGCUGAGAAUUGGAGUUCCCAAUAGGGUAAGUUACCGUCAAUUUGUAUCGGUUAACGCUCAAACUGGAAUGGUGAGUGGGUUCUGUAUUGAUGUGUUUGUUGCUGCGAUAAACCUGUUACAAUAUCCAGUUCCAUAUAAGUUUAUACCUUUUGGCACUGGCCGUGAGAAUCCAAGCUAUACUCAGCUUAUCAAUGAAAUUCUGACAAAUGAAUUCGAUGCUGUUGUUGGCGAUAUUGCUAUUGUCACAAAUCGGACAAAGGUUGUUGAUUUCACUCAACCAUACGUCAGUUCUGGGCUUGUAAUACUUACCGCUGUUAAGAGGCAGAGCUCGAAUGGAUGGGCUUUCCUGCAGCCAUUUACCAUCAGGAUGUGGUGCGUGACAGGACUGUUCUUUCUUAUAAUAGGAACGGUGGUUUGGUUGCUCGAGCACAGAAUCAAUGAUGACUUCCGCGGUCCUCCUGUGAAACAGGUUAUUACUGUUUUAUGGUUCAGUUUCUCGACCCUCUUCUUUGCCCACAGAGAGGACACCAGGAGCACGCUGGGCCGCUUCGUGAUCAUUAUCUGGCUCUUCGUAGUGCUGAUCAUUCAGUCCAGUUACACUGCCAGCCUGACCUCCAUACUCACCGUGCAGUACCUCACGUCCCCGAUCACAGGGAUCGACAACUUGAUAGCCAGUGAAGAGCCUAUCGGGUUUCAGGUCGGCUCCUUCGCGGAGAGCUACCUCGUGCACGAUCUCGGCGUUGCCCCGUCGAGGCUUAAGGCGCUCGGUUCUCCAGACGAGAACAAGAAAGCACUUGAGCUCGGCCCUCACAAAGGAGGCGUCGCGGCUAUCGUCGACGAGCGUCCGUACAUUGAGCUCUUCUUGUUUCGGCAUGGCAAGUUUGCGAUCGUGGGCUCCGAGUUCACCAAAAGCGGCUGGGGCUUCGCGUUCCCGCGGGACUCGCCGCUGGCGGUGGACCUGUCGACGGCGAUCCUGACGCUGUCAGAGAACGGCGACCUCCAGAGGAUCCACGACAAGUGGCUGUCGAGCGGGCCGGCGUCCUCCCAGUCCAAAGACCUGGAGUCGGACCGGCUGCAGGUGCGCAGCUUCUCGGCCCUGUUCCUCAUCUGCGGCGCGGCGUGCCUCCUCGCGCUCGCCAUCCAUGCCAGCGUCCUCAUCCGCCAGUACUCCCGCCUCGUCGCCUCGGAGCAGGCCGCGCUGUCCACGGGCGCCGGCUCUGGCAACACCUCCCGCUCCAACCGCAGCAGCCUCCGGUCGUUCCUGUCCUUCGCCGACCACCGGGAGACGGACCUCUGGAAGAGCACCAAAGACUCCGCGGCACAGGGUGGAGGAAGGUCCAGCGGCAGUGGCAGCUUCACGUCGAGCAAUAGCGCCAGCACCAGCAUUUCUUCAAGGUAGCAACGCCGGCUACCCUUUGCCGGUUCGCUUACAAGUUUUGGCGUACGUCCGACACCCCAGUAGGUGAACGUACGCACGCAUAGGUCCUAGAGGCGUCGUAGCGGUAUUAGUCUAUCUUGAUGCAGGGUGACGAGGUACAUGGGGCAGCUUCAUGGUUUAAUCUGUCGCACAUGUUCGGGGAUUCAUGUCGGGAUCCUAGGCGUGCGAUUAAGAAAGCUACAUGAAUCUGUAAGCCUCUGCAACGCCACCAUGAAGGCGUGAACGGAUGAACCUUUCGUAGCAAGCGCUGGCCGCUGGUCGCACGGCACGCGUCUCCUGCCUUAACGGCACCGGCCCGUCGGGACACACGAUGACACGAGACGCGAAUCUAGCAGGGCCGCCCGCGGCCAGCUUCCCGGUGCCUGCAGGUCCCGCGCCUGUGCCGACCACGGCAGCAAGUGCCCGCCGUGAUCUCGGGGAGGAAAGCUUUCCUCCGCCUCGGUGCGUUGGCUCGUCGCCGCGACUGCCGAGUCGAGCGAUCGAGAAUCCUGGCAGGCGCGCGGCACCGGCGCCGGCGCCGGGGCGGGGUAAUCGUGGCGCACGCACCGCGCGGGGUUCGUAGUUGGGGUUGCCUCGGCACGCGACGCGUGAGGAGGCCGUAGCCCCAGGAACGGCGGCUGACGCCGACUGGGCGUUUGGGGCUCGCCUUCGAGUCCGUGCACAGCACGGCUGGCGCGGUAUCAGCUGGAGGCUGCAUCGUGUUUCAUCUGAUGGCUUUGUCGGUCUGUCCUCAGGACGUUGAAUUCGAUUGCGGCGUGAAUGAAUGAACUUUUUAACAGUCUUUUCAUGGCAGUAAA